AUGUCAGAUUGGGAUUCAGUUACUAUAAUCGGUUCAAAGGCCAGAGUUGGUGGUGGUGGGCCAAGACAAACAGUUGCUAGAACUGCUGGUCAACUUAACGCCGCCAGAAGAUCUGGUGCUGUUAUCGGUACUGAAAAGAAGUAUGGAUCUACCAACACCAAGGGUGAUCCAGAAGGUCAAAGAUUAACCAAGUUGGACGCCACCGAUGAUGUGGUACCCACCAAGAAGUUGGACGCCAGUGUUGGUAAGGCCAUUCAACAAGCUAGACAAGAAAAGAAGUUGACACAAAAGGAUCUUGCCACCAAGAUUAAUGAAAAGCCAAAUGUUAUUAACGAUUAUGAAGCUGGUAGAGCUGUUCCAAACCAACAACUUUUAGGUAAGUUGGAAAGAGCCUUGGGUGUUAAGUUGAGAGGUAAGAACAUUGGUGAACCAUUGUUUGCUAAGAAGAAGUAA